AUGUUCCACAACCUUCUUGUGUUGUGGGGUGUUCUGUUUGGGUUCUUCACUGUCUGCGUUUAUUCGAAGACCAAUACUCAAGAUGUUACUGCCCUUAAUGUGAUGUAUAACAGCUUAACCUCUAAGUCGAAGCUAAGUGAUUGGAAAUCAAGUGGAGGUGACCCUUGUGGUGAUUCUUGGAAAGGGAUCACAUGCAAAGGUUCAGCUGUAACUGAAAUAAACUUGUCUGGCCUAGAUCUCAGUGGAACAAUGGGGUACCAGCUUGCAAGCUUAUCAUCUGUCACCUCCUUUGACUUAAGCAAAAACAAAUUCAGCGGUGAUAUACCAUAUCAAUUGCCUCCUAACGCAAAAUAUAUAGAUCUUUCCAACAAUGGCUUCACAAAUACCGUACCAUAUUCAAUAUCUCAGAUGUCUGAUCUUGAAUCUCUAAAUCUUGGUAAUAACAAGCUCAAUGGACAGUUGACAGAUAUGUUUAAUAAACUUACUAAACUUAAAAAGCUGGAUCUAUCACACAAUUCACUGACUGGCAACUUGCCUCAGAGUUUUGCAAAGCUCUCAAGCCUCAGGACAUUGUAUCUGCAGAACAAUCAAUUUACUGGGACUAUAAAUGUCCUCCUGUACACUCCAGUUGAUGAUUUGAAUGUUGAAAACAACAAAUUCACUGGCUGGGUUCCUAAUGAUUUGAAGAGCAUAAAAAUAAAGUAUGGAGGAAAUAAUUGGUCAUCUGGGCCAUCUCCACCUUCUCCUCCUGGUGUAUACCAUAAUAGGGGAAAAGGCAGCAGCAGCAGUGAUGAAGGUGGUGGGAAGUCUUCAGUAACCAUGGGAUUGACAAUAGCUGGGAUCGCUUUCGCUGUAUUGUUUCUGCUCGGAAUUAUGAUUUUCUUCUUUUCAAGAAAGAAGAGUUCUAAUAAUUCCCAUCUCCUUGAGGAUGAAAUGCUUGACAAGCGCAAGUCUUUCUCUAUGUUUUCAUCUAGGGACUUGACCAAAGACAUGCAUUCUGACUAUGACGGCUUGAAGUCUGCGGAUUCUACAGCCAUUAUUGACAUAAAUCCUGUUCAAAAAUCUCCAUCAAGUGGCUUCAAGUCCAUUUCUGGCCGCUUGCAAUCCUUUGCCAGAAGAAGCACCUCUGUGAAAGCUGUAUCUUACGCUUUAGCAGACUUGCAGAUUGCGACAGGUAAUUUUGCACCAUCUCGCCUUCUUGGGCAGGGCACACUUGGACGUGUUUACAGGGCUAAAUUUGAGAGUGGGAAGAUUUUGGCUGUUAAAAAGAUUGACUCCUCACUAUUCCAAGGCGCGCCACCACAAGAAUUUUCCGAUAUCGUUGUCAGCAUUUCUAAGAUUCGCCAUGCCAACAUCGCCGAACUUGUUGGUUAUUGUGCAGAACAAGGGCACAACAUGUUGAUUUAUGAGUACUUCAGGAAUGGCUCGCUUAAUGAAUUCUUACACAUGUCAGAUGACUAUAGCAAUCCCCUUACUUGGAACACAAGAGUAAAGAUUGCUAUGGGCACUGCGCGUGCUAUUGAGUACCUUCAUGAAGUUUGCUCUCCACCUGUAAUUCACAAGAACAUCAAAUCAUCUAAUAUUUUUCUCGACCUUGAACUCAAUCCUCGUCUCUCUGAUUAUGGCUUGGCAGCCUUUUAUCAGCGCACUAGCCAAAACCUAGGAAUGGGAUACAAUGCACCAGAAUGCACGAAGCCAUCAGCUUAUACAAUGAAGAGCGAUGUUUACUGCUUUGGGGUGGUGAUGUUGGAAUUAUUGACAGGUUGUAAGCCAGUUGACAGUUCAAAGCCACCUUCACAGCAGUCCCUUGUUCGAUGGGCAACCCCACAGCUCCAUGAUCUCGACAAAUUGUCACAAAUGGUCGACCCUGGCCUGCGAGGACUCUACGAUCCCAAGUCAGUCUCCCGGUUUGCUGAUAUCAUUGCGCUAUGCGUUCAGCGAGAGCCCGAGUUCCGGCCACCCAUCUCAGAAGUUGUACAGCAAUUGGUGCGGCUAGUUCAGCGCUCGACGAUGGAUCUUAGUCUUUCUCAUCAUUCUAGUAACAUGAGCAGCUAUAGAGAAGAUCUCCAAACUUCUUGUCGGCUAACCGACUUUUGA